AUGGCCUUAUCUUCACCCCCUAUGAGAGUUUCCUGCGGCCCUACACCCGCCGCCGCCACCACCCGUAGUAAUAAUAAUAACAAGAACAAUAACUUUCUCUGCUCCCAUGCGCUCGAUGCCGUACACAUCCGACGCGCCGCCGAGCUGGCCGACAAAUCUGCCGGUUUCACAUCUCCCCACCCCAACUUCGGCUGCGUCAUCGCCACCCAAUCCGGAAAAGUCGCCGGCGAGGGUUUCCUCUACGCCCAGGGUACCAGGCCCGCCGAGGUUCUUGCCGCUGAGGCAGCUGGCAACUUCUCCAGUCGCGGCACCGCUUACCUCAACAUGGAGCCCGGUGAUUGCCACGGAGAUCACGCUGCCGUCUCUGCCCUCGUUCAGGCAGGGAUUGAAAGGGUGGUGAUUGGGUUGAGGCAUCCAUUGCAGCACCUGAGAGGGAAUUCCAUAAGGGCUUUGAGAAGUGAAGGGUUGCAGGUUCAUGUUCUUGGUGAGGACCUCAACGGUAAACUCAUUGAGGAAGCUCGGAAAUCAUGCCUCCUUGUCAAUGCUCCUUUAAUUUGUAGAGCUGCUUCUCGAGUCCCCUUCUCUGUUCUCAAGUAUGCUAUGACCCUUGAUGGAAAAAUUGCUGCUAGCAGCGGACAUGCCUCAUGGAUCAGUAGCAGGACAUCUCGAAAUCGAGUUUUCGAAUUGCGGGGUAGAAGUGAUGCGGUCAUUGUAGGAGGAAAUACCGUUCGCAGGGACAAUCCAAGACUAACUGCAAGACAUGGAGGUGGGCAUAUGCCCAUGCGGAUUGUAAUGUCACAGACUCUUGAUCUCCCUGAGGAAGCAAACCUUUGGGAUUUCUCUGAUGUAUCGACUAUAGUUGUGACACAAAGGGGUGCAAGAAAGCGUUUCCAGAAAUUUCUUGCAUCUAAAGGAAUUGAGGUGGUGGAAUUUGACAUCCUAAACCCCAGAGAAGUAAUGGAAUACUUUCAUGAUCGUGGAUAUCUUUCAGUUUUGUGGGAGUGUGGAGGGACAUUAGCUGCAGCUGCUAUUUCAUCUGGCGUAAUACAUAAGGUGUUCGCAUUUGUUGCUCCUAAGAUUAUUGGUGGAAAGAAUGCGCCAACCCCUGUAGGUGAACUUGGGAUGGUUGAAAUGUCACAAGCCUUGGAUUUAAUUGAUGUUUGCUAUGAGCAGGUUGGACCUGACAUGCUUAUAAGUGGAUUUCUUCAACCCAUACCAGAUGCGACGCCUGUUAUUCCAUCCGUUGAUGAAACUUAUGAAAUUGAUCCAACUGUCACUCCAUAUGAAUCAAGGAUCAUAUUCUUCUACAAAACAUGGGACCCUUAUGGUGCAUUCUCAAAUUUUUCUCCGCACGCAAUUAAGAUGCCUGAUGCCAGUGGUGAUUAUGCCACUUGGUUGAGUGUAGAGCAUUACUACCAGGCUCAGAAGUUUGUUGGGGUGGAUGAUCCUGUGGCACGAGAUGGUGUUGAAAAUAUUAAGUCUGCGAAAAGUCCAGAAGAGGCAGCACGAAUAGGAAGAUCAAUGCAGAGGCAGCAGCCUGAUUUGGUAAGAUCAGAUUGGGAAAGUGUGAAGAUUGAAGUGAUGUACAGGGCACUAAAAUGCAAGUUCUCGAUAUACCCACAUUUGAAUUCUAUGUUGCUGUCAACUGCGGGAUCUGUUCUUGUUGAAGCUUCACCGCAUGAUCUCUUCUGGGGUGGAGGCCGGGAUGGAGAAGGCCUAAAUUAUCUGGGCAGGCUUUUGAUGCAGUUGAGAUCAGAGUUUCUUGGUGAGUCUCAUACGUCCAGUUAG